AUGCUAGAAGAUGUUGCUUUAAUAGCAAACCUUCCAAUCAACAAUCAUGUAGUAAUAAGAGCUAGUAACAUUGAUGCGGAGUAUGAGUGCCACCGAUUGUUGGAUGACAUGCUAUCUAAGAAAAAUUUGAAGAAAGAUUUAGAUAGGAAUCGAGUAAAUUUGUUUUUACAAUCGGAAAGUGUUGUCUUUGAUUGUAAAAGUGAAGGACCAUAUGUUGGUAUAUCCGACGAAAGAAUAUUAAAAUGGAAAGAUUCAAACAUUGAACCGAUAUGUGGAAGACCAUUGGGCUUGAAAUUCGAUGCUCAAACAUGUCUUUUGUAUAUAACGGAUGCCUAUUUUGGUCUUUUAGUUGUUGGACCAAACGGUGGCUCGGCUAUAAAACUGGCUAUUUUGACAGAAGGAGUUCCAUUCAAAUUUAAAAAUGGCUUAGACAUCGAUACAAGCACCAAAAUGAUUUAUUUUACUGAUAGUAGCAUUCUUUUUCAAAGAAGGGAUGCUGACUUUCUUAUAAGUUCCAGUGAUAGAACUGGACAGCUGUUGAAAUACAAUCCUUAUACAGGAGACGUAUUUGUUUUGUAUGACAGUUUAACUUUUCCUAAUGGAGUUGCUUUGAGUGCAAACAAUUUGUUUAUUCUAAGGAAUAAAAAUGGCAGAGGAAGAUUAGGAACAAUUGAAAACGAUGCUCCAGAUCCAAUCCAAAUGAAGUUUAAUGAAGAAGCCAAGGUUUUGAAAAUCUUGGAUGGAAAGGGCGCACCCACUUUUAACUCAGAUAAGUGA